UAUCAUUAUUUUACACUACCUACCAUACCUACACCUUACCGCAAUAGAAAAUACAAAAAUGAGUGAUGAUAGUAUAAACAUUUCUGGUAGAACCUGGAUACGAACAGUUGAAAAUAUUAGCAAGGUGGGUUACUCUGAUGGUGUUAUUAAUGGACAAAAUACUUCAUUCCAAACUAGUUUUGAUAUGGGAUACUGUCAGGGACUGAUGUUUGGGCUAGAUUUAGGAUACAAAUUCGCUAUGAAGCAACAAUCAAAGAUCAAGGAUGUUAAAGAAAUACCAAGAGAUCCAUGCAAUAUUAACUGCCAAAUUUGCUUAGAUGAGACAACUAUUUCACAGAAUCUUGUUAAUUUAUAUAACUCACAAAAAGAGAAAAAUGAUAUUUAUCUAAAAAAAUUGGAUACAUAGCAAUACUUUUAAAGUUAAACUUUAUUAAGGUUUUUAUAUUAUAUUAUACAAUUUACAUAAAAAAUUACUAGUUUAAUUCAUGGAAAUGUGCACACAGCACAUGGU